UCCGGCGGCUGCCCGGUGCUGCAUAAAGCCGCCGCCGCCGCACUUGCCUUGCAGCAGCAGUUCUGGGCUCUUCUCGGUUGCAGGAGCGGCUGCUCCAAUGCCCCAGAGCGGCCAUGAGCUCCCCGCACUGGUGGGACCAGCUGCGGGCUGGCAGCUCGGAGGUGGACUGGUGCGAGGACAACUACACCAUCGUGCCUGCCAUCGCCGAGUUCUACAACACGAUCAGCAACGUCUUGUUUUUCGUUUUACCGCCCAUCUGCAUGUGCUUGUUUCGCCAGUAUGCGACAUGCUUCAACAGUGGCAUCUACUUAAUAUGGACUCUUUUAGUUGUAGUAGGAAUUGGAUCUGUCUACUUCCAUGCAACCCUUAGUUUCCUGGGUCAGAUGCUUGAUGAACUUGCCAUCCUUUGGGUUCUGAUGUGUGCUCUGGCCAUGUGGUUCCCCAGAAGGUAUCUACCAAAGAUCUUUCGGAAUGACAGGGGCAGGUUCAAGGCGGUGGUCUGCGUCCUGUCUGCCGUUACAACAUGCCUGGCGUUUGUCAAGCCCGCCAUCAACAACAUCUCUCUGAUGACCCUGGGAGUUCCUUGCACUGCGCUGCUCAUCGCAGAGCUCAAGAGGUGUGACAACGUGCGUGUAUUUAAGCUGGGCCUCUUCUCGGGCCUCUGGUGGACCCUCGCCCUCUUCUGCUGGAUCAGCGACCGAGCCUUCUGUGAGCUGUUGUCGUCCUUCCACUUUCCCUACCUGCACUGCGUGUGGCACAUCCUCAUCUGCCUGGCCGCCUACCUGGGAUGCGUGUGCUUUGCCUACUUUGAUGCUGCAUCUGAGAUCCCUGAGCAAGGCCCCGUCAUCAAGUUCUGGCCCAGUGAGAAAUGGGCCUUCAUUGGCGUCCCCUACGUGUCCCUCCUGUGUGCCAAGAAAUCACCGAUCAAGAUCACGUGAUGGCAAGGCGGGGGCCGGCUUCUCUGCUUCUUUUCCCUCCUGCACCAGGCUUCCUUCACCAGCAGACAGCCAGGGGGUUCGCAGACUCAGGGUGGGGUCUGUCUUUUUAAAAUUCUGUUUCCUUGGGCUCUAGCUAGUGUGUCUGUGGACCGUUAGGACUCCACUGUGCGUGGGGAGAAGCCAGUGUCUUCCCCUUUUCCAAAGAUGGAGAAUCGAGGGCUGAGAGGCACUGGGUGUACCUUCUCAGCAUCCCUUGCAGAUGCAGUGACUUGUUGGGCUGUGUCCUUGUGGCGAUGGCAGAGCAGUCCCUCGGGGGACCCAGUGCUCACAGUGCCUCGCUUCCUGGAGAGAGUUUGCCUGCUCCAGACCCCACCAUUCCCACGCGCUCUCGGUGUGGACUCUCCUGCUGACAGACAGACCCUGCGACAGACAAGACCCUCUGACUGUCUGGUGGAAGAUGCCAGAGAUCUUCAUUUGGGGAUACCAUCAUCCUAAAACAAAACCAAACAAUGGAAGCACACACAGGGCUUGUGGCUAAGGAAGCUAGUUUUCCACUCACAGUUCUCAAUAACCCAGGUUUUACGUGCAUUUGUGAAUCCUUUUACUACUACCUCUGCUGAGAGAUGGAGACUUGACUUCAGAUGAGGGUGAAGCUAACGAGAAAAACCUUCUCUGCCAAAAACUACACUCCACUUUAAGCCACUCUUGAAGAUGAGCACAGUUUUUAAAUGUGGAUGUUGUUUGCCCCCCACCCCAGCCCAGUAGCCUGUAUUCUUGUCUGUAUAGCUUCAAUGUGAGGUCCAAACGCAGACCCCCGCUCCUUACUGCUUGCCCUCUGCAAGAUUGCCAAAGGGCUUGUGACAAUCGUGGUGGGGGUCCUGGUGCAAAAUUUGGAGCACACGUGAAGUUUUGGAAACCUGUCGUCAUUGGAAGCCUCCUGUGUGCUAUCCUAUUCUGGAAUUAUCCUUGAGAAUCCCCCCUCUUCUUUCUCUAAUAUUUACUAUGGGAACUCACUCCAUACUGUCACAGUGCGAGGUGCUUCCUGUGGUUUCUCUGAGCAUCUAACUGCUCGCUGUUCUCACAUCCUGGAAGUCACCUCACACUGGCCUCUUUGGGUCGUUGGUGCUACAGGCAAAUCUGUUGCCUUCUGAGUUUUUCUCACCUCAAGUGAUAUUGGCCACGACUAAUCUUCUUUUCGUUGCGCUGAAUGGAGAGCUGUCUGGAAGGUGAAGUGGGAACUAAUGAACUCAGGGAUACUCAUUUUAACUCAGGCGUCUCCUGCUUUGCAACGUUCCAUUGUGAGAGAGGGCAGGACGGAUGUGUCCUUGUGCGGACAGGAAU